AGAGCAAGGGCGGCCCAGGCCCUCCGCCGCCGCCAGCAUGGAAGGAGGCGCCGGGAACUCGAAGAGCUCCAGUUUCGCCGGCCUCUUCGGCGCCGGAGGAGUGGCGGGGCCGGGCUAUUCCCACGCGGACCUGGCCGGCGUCCCUCUGACUGGAAUGAAUCCCUUGUCCCCUUAUUUAAAUGUUGACCCAAGAUAUCUUAUACAGGUGAGACCUCCACGAUUGCUCUCUUGUUCAAGCAAGAAAACAAAUGGUCUUUUUCCCCUUCUAUUUUAUUUACUGGGUGGAUGGACAAUUAGCAGAGCUGCUUUUGGGGCAUUAAAUGGCUUGAGACUGGGUUUAAAAGAGACACAAAACAUGGCUUGGUCCAAACCUAGGAAUGUACAGGUUUUAAAUAUGGUGACACGGCAAGGAGCAUUAUGGGCAAACACUCUUGGAUCUUUAGCGCUGCUGUACAGUGCCUUUGGCGUCAUCAUUGAAAAGACACGAGGGGCAGAAGACGAUCUGAACACGGUGGCAGCCGGGACCAUGACAGGGAUGUUGUAUAAAAGUACAGGUGGAUUGCGUGGGGUAGCCAGAGGUGGCAUCGCAGGACUCAUGCUGACAGGCCUCUACUCGCUGUACAACAACUGGGAGCACAUGAGGGGCUCCAUGCAACGGCAGUCCCUUUGAGCGGAGCGGCGGAGGAGGAUGCCUCUAUCCGUGCAACGCAAUCGGACUGGACCCCCCCUUCGUUAUAGUACCCAGCGGACACACAACACACACACACACACACACACCACUCAAGACCACCGGUUCUCGCGGCAACGGUGGGGCUCUUGAGCAUUCCGCAUCCUUCAGGGCCACGGGUGGCGAAGAGCGCCAUUUUACCUGCAGAAAUGAAGAUCUCGUCUCCAUAAGCAUGUUUGUACGCCGAGGCCAUUGCUUGAUUUGACUGUAAUAAAAUGUAUGUGCUGAAAAA